AUGUCUAUGAGUAAUAUUGUUGUCUUUGGAGGGGAUUCGCACCCCGAGUUAGUCACUAAGAUCUGCGAGAAUUUGGACAUUCAUCCUUCACAGGUAGAAUUAGGGAAGUUUUCUAAUGGGGAAACGAGCAUUGCGCUACGUGAGUCUGUUCGUGAAAAGGACGUGUACAUUAUCCAGAGUGGGUGCGGCCAAGUGAACGACACGUUCAUGCAGUUGCUGAUCUUGAUCAGUGCCUGUAAGUCAGCUUCUGCCUCGAGGGUUACAGCUGUGAUGCCAUAUCUCUGCUACUCGAGACAGCCGGAUAUCCCAUAUACUGCCAAGGGUGCACCCAUCAUCUCAAAGCCCAAGGAAAAUUACACUUUUGAAUCUCAUCCUGGCACCCCUGUGUCAUCUUCAUUAAUGACGCAAAGACCGGGUGCUGAAAGCUCGCUGAAGAGUUUGGAUAGUGCCAUACGAUCCACGAUCAAUUUAGAAAAUCCUCAACCUAUCAGAACGCCAAACAACAUUGCGACGGCAAAUAAUAAUUUCGAUAUCAAGAAGACGCUUUCUUUUUCAAGAAUCCCCAUGAUUCCCGGUGGAAAGUUGCAAAAUACGAGCAAUAGCACGGACGCUGGUGAAUUAUUCAACGCACAAAAUGCCGGUUAUAAGUUGUGGGUAGUACAAGCCGGUACUCUGAUUGCUCAUUUAUUGAGCGCUGCAGGAGCAGACCACGUGAUCACAAUGGAUUUGCACGACCCACAAUUUCCUGGGUUCUUCGAUAUUCCAGUCGAUAAUCUUUACUGUAAGCCUAUUGCUCAAAACUAUAUCCAACAUCGUAUUCCAGACUAUCAGGAUGCUGUGAUUGUUUCGCCAGACGCCGGUGGUGCCAAAAGAGCUACAGCUAUUGCAGACGCUCUAGAGUUGUCCUUUGCUUUAAUUCAUAAAGAAAGAAGGUCACAGUUAUUAAAGGGUCCUCCAGAUGCCACAUUGACUUCUGGUGGUUCACUGCCUGUAUCUCCAAGACCAUUAGUGACUACUUUGGUAUCCUCGCAGAACAUGACCACUUCAGGUGCCGCUGCAGUUGCAGCUCUUGAAAUGAAGAAAACAACUUCAGCCUCUUCUACUUCGUCUCAAUCUUCUAAUUCGUCCAAGUUCGUUCAGACCACCAUGCUUGUUGGUGAUGUUAGAAACAAGGUUUGCAUUAUAGUGGAUGAUUUGGUGGAUACUUCAUACACAAUCACCAGAGCUGCGAAAUUAUUGAAGGAUCAAGGAUCUACCAAAGUUUACGCUUUAAUCACGCACGGUAUCUUUUCCGGUGAUGCGCUAGAAAGGAUCGGUCAAAGUAGUAUAGACAAACUGAUAAUUUCCAAUACAGUUCCUCAGGAUAGAACGUUACAAUACCUAGGUAAGGAUAGAGUGGAUGUUAUUGACGUUUCUUGCAUAAUUGGUGAAGCUAUCAGAAGAAUCCAUAACGGUGAGUCCAUUUCAAUGUUGUUUGAACACGGUUGGUAG